GAAUGAGGGCAUUCAACAGCAAGACUUUUCUAGAGAACCCUAACUUCCAAACUGUAGUUCUAACAUUAUCACUUUCAACCCCAGAAAUCAUAGAUGUUUAACCUUUACCAAUAUGAGGAUAAAUAUGUGUUUUUAUUUUUAUUUAUUUAUUUUAUCAUAGAUGUAUGGAUUUGAGAAGGAAGGGAUUGUAUUGAUUUGAGAAUUGAGGCAAGGAAGAGGAGAAGAAAGAGGAAGGAAGAUGCCAACAAUUUUCUUUCUUUGGUGGGUCCAUAAUCCAUUUGCACGUGCACCAUGCAAGCUAUGAUGAGGUGAGACAGAGUAAUAAGUUCAUUAAGCUCGUUUGCUGCCCUCCUCAAUGCCUCCGUACCAGUUAAAAAGCUCACUACAAAAGCCGGAAAAUGUGUUUUAUUGAUGAUGCAAACCUAAAGAUUUCGACAGUCAACAGUUCUGGUCGGGUUUCAAUUGAAAACAUCUCCAUCGACACCAAUAAGGUAGCAUUAGACAAAGGAUAAAACUUGAUCAAAAGGUAUUGUUCCCUCUUUAGCUUUUUAAACAGUAUAAUUUUUCCAGCCAUGACCCCUCCUUGCCCUCCUUUACGGAACCCUUUGUUUCAUUUUGUUAUAUUUUGCCCUCACCUUUUGCUGCCCUCUUCGGUUUUUGAUUGGACAUGAGGAGGGCCUGACAAUAGAGAAUUUGGUAGCAUCUAGGCUUGAAGAAUGUUGGGAUUUGAAAGCCAAACCUUCUUUAAGCUUUUCCAAGUAUAAGGAGGAGAAAAAGGAAGGGGUGGGGUUUGGGACUUCCUUUUAACUCGUUUAUCUCUUAGCAUCAUGAUUAUGACUCCUCUUUUAGAACUUCAAAUCAAUUAAUGGUGAAGGA